AAGACAAUGACGUCAUGACGCAAAGGAAGCUGGCGCGUUGCAUUGUGGUCGCCGGUGCUUGGCUAGAAACAGAAACCGCACCGCCCUGCAGCUAACUAACAUACCAUUCAGUCUGAACAGGACAUUAUAAGCUCAGCACUUGGUGUUCUGUGACAGUCUACAGAGGCCAUGUCUUCAACAUCGCAAAAACAUAGAGACUUUGUGGCCGAGCCCAUGGGUGAGAAGCCUGUGAUGGCUCUUGCAGGCAUCGGAGACGUCCUUGGCAAGAGACUGGCAGACAAGGGUUUUGACAAGGCAUAUGUUGUUCUUGGGCAGUUUCUAGUCCUAAAAAAAGACGAGGAGCUUUUCCGAGACUGGCUGAAGGAUGUUUCUGGGGCAAAUGCCAAACAACAAGGUGACUGCUAUGGCUGUCUUAAGGAAUGGUGUGAUGCCUUCCUAUAAAGAUUCAGCGAUUGUUUUCUACUUCUGAAGUCCAAACUGUACAUAACCUCUUCAGUGGUCGUGAUUCAAUUCAGCUACAACACAUGUAUGAACUGACACUGUACACGCUAGUGAGGUUUCUUGACACAUGCUGUUUUCAUGAUGUUCAACAAAUAAGUUUGGACUACAUUAAUAGUCACUAAUUCUCUCUUUCAUUAAUUAGACCUUAAAUUAGUAAAUUAUAUCGUAGAUAAUAACAGGAUGUGAUAUUUCUAUUAGUCUGCAAUCUCUACUCACUGUCAAUAGCCAUUUUACCAAACAUUUUGCCAGUACCUAAAUGUAACACAGCCUUAUUAAUGGUAUUACGCCUGUGUUUGAUAAGUCCAAAUGUCUGUAAGAAGUCUAUAAAGGAACUUUAAAUUGAAACUGUCUUGUGUUGAGAAGAGUCUGCUCAUAUUCAUGAUCCUCAUAUUGCCGAAAGUUGUUUGAAUAUUAAGGUUGAAUUUUAGAUAUCUGGUUCAUGCGUUGUUGGUAAUAUACUGAAACUUGUAUUUUAAGCUCAAUAAUGCUGGUUUGUUUUGGUUUGGUUUUGGUGUGUAAAACCUUUAAUCUUCAGAAAAUAUUGUGAUUUAUUUAGUUCCACACACUUUUCUCUGUGUAAUGUGACAAUUUUCUGGAACGAUUCACACUAAUAUUCACCCUCAACUCUUGGGCUGCUUUCCCUGUUUGCCUGUUUUUAAUGCCAUUAGAGGGUAAAUGAUGUAAGCUGUGUUUUUAAAAUAGUACAUCAUAUCACAGUUUUGUAUUACGUACUGUAUGUCCACCAACAAUGUUUAAAUCAUUUUUUUGAGGACGUGGAUGGUCCAUUUGAAGUGUCUUGGAGAGGAUGUGGCUGAUUAAUGUGAAACAUGAAAACAGAACCUCAAAAACAGAUUUGACGCUGGUCUUUGCAUACUCAGAUUGUUUAAAUAUAUAUAUGUGUUUAAAUUGUUUAACUUUUGAUCCUGCAAAUGAAGCAGUGUGGCCACACAUUACAUCUGGUCUGCUCUUAAGCUUGUUUGGACCUGAAGAUGAAAAUUUAUAUAAAUAAAGAUGCCAAUGCAACAAACUCAAAUACUGUCAAAGGACGUGUCACUCUGUUGCUGAUGAACGAGUUUAACUUACUAGAUUAGUUCAGGGUUGGAGCUAAAUUUGUUUGUGGUAAACAAAACAUUCAGUGCAUGCCUGAAGGGCUGGGCAAUUAAGGUGCAGUAGGUACUAAAAUAUGUUGCGACUGGUUGGUGUUUUUAAACGGCCACCACAAUGUCAGGAAAACAUCAGUUCUGUUCAAACCAGUUCUCAUGAUGCAUCAAUCUGCGCCAUGUUUUUUUAUUCUAAGUAACUGGCUAAGAUUUACUUACAUGACAGAAUGGAUUCAAAGCUUCAGCAAAAGUUUAUGUAUCUGCAAAGGAAAACUAUGUAAUCUAUUUCCUGACUUAAUAUUAAAUAAAAUGUCUUUUAUUGGUUCCAGUGGCUUCAAAUGAAGGUGAAAUCCCACCUACACUGUGUUUAAUUUGUAUUACAGUAAGCCUGACUGAAGGUCAGAUAUUCAUAGCCGAGCUUGAUGUUGUCUUUGACUGUGCUUCUAAACACGGGAUGCCUUAAUGCAUGCAAGUUUAAACAUUUAAUAUAGUCUAAUAAAAUCUGCAGUAGUCCAGACUGUAUCACUUAAUCUUCCCUUUGUAUUGAUUGACGCUUACACCCACCAGUGACCAACUGUAUAAGGAUAUAACUGUUGUGUAGCAGCUCCUUGUUUAAACACUGACCAAUGUGACUGUAAAAACCUUUCAGCUUUUGUAUUGCUUUUUAUUAUACAACAAUAAAAGGCAGGUAUCAGAUUUGGA